AUGGGCGCCCAGAUGUCCUUAUUCAAUCUACACGACGGCUACGCCGAAGCCUCCGUCCGCGGCAAUCGAUCUGCCCUACUCACUCCAGAGGACUACAGAAAGCUCACUCUCUGCGAAACUCUAGAAGAUUUGAGAAGUGCGUUGGAGGACACGGACUACGCCGGCUUUAUGCAGGACGAGCCGCUGCCUAUCACGGUUACGGCCAUCAGUGCGCGGUUGCGGGAGAAGAUGGCUGAUGAAUUCCGAGUGUUGCAGUCUCUGGCGGACCAGCCUCUGAGACAGUUCCUUGAGUUCAUUGUUGCGGAACGAAUGAUUGACAACGUCGUGACCCUGAUCCAAGGAGCUAUGAAUGGAAAGAGUCAAGAGGAGUUGAUGGCUAAGGCUGACCCGUUGGGCUGGACACCAGAGAUGAAAGCAUUGCUGGCGAUUGACGCCACCAACGGUUACGAAGACAUGUAUCGUACGGUGUUGGUUGAGACGCCAGUAGGCGGUUACUUUGAGGACUACUUGGACAAGAAGCAGGAGAGUGGCGACCAGGAGAAUCUCAGUGAGUUAGAUCUGGAGAUAAUGCGUGCUAGUUUAAAGAAGAGUUGGUUAGAGGAUUUCUUUAGUUUCUGUAACCAGUUACCUUGGACUACUCAGGAGAUUAUGGCGGACAUUCUGAACAGGCAAGCAGAUUUCUUGUGUCUGUCAGUCACACUAAACUCACUUAAUUCGCCCAUGGGUGGGCAGACCAAGUUGUCCGAUCGCAACGCGCUCUUCCCACACUUCGGCUACCUUUAUCCUGCCGCCACCGAGGCUCUUCGAAAGGCCACUAACGAACAGACUAUCCGUGCCGCCAUCGACACCUUCCCGCAAUACCUCGAGGUCUUUGAGCAGUGCCGAGGCUACUACAUUAGAAAUACCGACCAGGAACAAGUAAACGAAAACCAGUUCAGUCUUGAAGACGCUCUUUACAGACAAGAACUUACCAUGUACGAAAUGGCAUUCGAACAACAAAUGCACUAUGGCGUCUUCUACUCAUGGGUCAAGCUUAAGGAACAAGAAAUCCGCAACAUACUCUGGGUUGCCGACAUGAUCCUUAUGAAUAGAAGAGACACCUGCAUGGAUAUGGUGCUGCCCAUCUUUGCACCCAGAAUCUAA